AUGACCAUUACCCUGGGACAGGCAAUAUGGGCGUCUGUCAAGCCUAUUAUCAAGAUUUACCUUAUCAUCGGAUCCGGAUUCAUGUUGACCAAGUUCGAGAUUCUCUCAGUCGAGGCAACUAAGUGUGUCUCCAACGUCGUGCUGACAUUGCUCCUGCCGUGUCUUUCAUUCAAUAAGAUUGUAGCCAAUAUAGAGGAUAAUGAUAUCAAAUCAGUGGGUAUCGUCUGUCUGUCAUCAUUACUAAUUUUCGGAACGGGACUUUUCUUUGCUUUCGUUUGCCGGUUGCUGCUACCGGUGCCCCGUCAAUGGCGCGGUGGUAUUCUGGCCGGUGGGAUGUUUCCGAAUAUCAGUGACCUUCCUAUUGCAUACUUGCAAACAAUGGACCAGGGUCUAAUCUUUACAGAAGCUGAGGGUGAAAAGGGAGUUGCAAAUGUCAUUAUCUUUCUUGCCAUGUUCUUGAUAUGUUUGUUCAAUCUUGGUGGAUUCAGAUUCAUUGAGAUGGAUUUCAAGUACAGCGACGAAGAAAGUGCAAUAUAUGCUGACGAUAAUAAAGAGAGUAAGGAAGAUGCCACUAGCAGUUCUCUAACUGCUCCACAGCCCGCGCAUAUGUUACAGAACUAUAAUUUGCCCACAGAAUCAAAUUCAUUUAUAGAAGAGACUGCAGAGAAUUCAGUUUCACCACAUGCAUCGCAAGACAAGGUAGCCUCAGCCACUUCGAACCAGCCCGUCGCACUCACGGAUGGCAAUGAAUUAAUUAGACGUAUGACUUCCAGACGUACAGAGCAGGACUCUAUUUCAGAGCGUACCAUUCUAACGGAAGACAGCGUAAAUGACUUGGUGCGUGAAUACUCUCACGUUGAUCAGUUUGGUAGAAGACGCAAUUCAGUUGCCACAUCAGCUUCAGCACAACCGUCAUCUCUUUUACAACGCAUAAGAACAUCCGACAUGACAAGAAUAAUGACCUCAGACGCUACAGUAUCAAGACAAGAUAUUGAAGAGUCAGGAAGUUUUCUACCUGAAUGGCUUCGCAAGUACUCAUUUACCGCUCCUAUCGUUUUUUUCAUAAAAAACUGUUUACGUCCUUGUCCAUUAGCCGUUAUUAUCGCAUUAACGAUUGCUUUCAUUCCUUGGGUAAAAGCGCUUUUCGUCACCACAUCAAAUACUCCACAUAUUAGACAAGCUCCUGAUGAACAGCCUGCUUUGUCGUUCAUAAUGGACUUCACUGCGUACAUUGGCGCUGCAUCAGUUCCCUUUGGUUUGUUAUUAUUAGGUGCCACCCUUGGAAGAUUAAAAAUAAAGAAACUCUAUCCAGGGUUUUGGAAAACUGCUGUUGUUUUGGUUGUUUUAAGACAGUGUGUGAUGCCUAUAUUUGGUGUGUUGUGGUGUGAGCGGCUUGUGAAGGCUGGUUGGUUGAAUUGGGAAGAUGACCGUAUGUUACUGUUUGCCAUAGUGAUAGACUGGGGAUUACCAACAAUGACCACUAUGAUUUACUUCACGGCAAGUUAUACACCCCUAGAUGCUGCAGAAACCGUCCAGAUGGAUUGUGUGUCAUUCUUCCUAAUGCUGCAAUAUCCUCUGCUAAUCGUAAGUCUUCCUUUCUUGGUCACUUACUUUUUAAAAGUACAACUUCACGCAUAA